AUGUGGUCAGCUUUCUUGGCGCUCACCCUCGCCGCCAUUGCGGUGGCAGGAAGCCACAACGACAUCACUCCGGACGGCCACAUCGCCAUCGCGAGGGGGAAACUUCUGGCUCCCAGCGUGGUUGGAUGAGGCAUCAAGAAAAUGCCUGAGCUGCAUCACUUUCUGUUGGAGCGCUGGGCAUUGUAUCAUAACCUGGAGUACGAUUCCUCGGAGGAGGAGGAUCCCCGACUCGUUUUUUAUAACGACAAGGAUGAGGUCGUAAAGACGGUUAGGGUGAAGGACAUGAAGGCGGCGGAGAUGGGAGCCCUGUUGGACUCCCUGGGGUUCUACAAGCGUUCCCAGAAGGGCGAAGAGGUGCCUGAGGAGUUCCGGAACUUACCCCUGCGCAGCCCCAGGGACGAGCUGUGA